AUGCUGACCAAAAGCGGGCGCAAGGUGGUCAUGUUAGAAGCUACCGAUGACAUCGGCGGCCAUUCCAAGACUUGGGUGGAACCAACGGCCGACGGUGACUUUCCAGUGGACAUCGGGUACAUUUUCAAUAAUGCCUCUUGA